CUUACCGUGGCGCUCUUGCGGAAACUUUGGCAUGCUGACGCUUUCCAAGCAGUGGCGAGGCGUUCCGAUUUGCUUAUGGAUCUACCAGAGACUGUUCUACGAUCCUUUGGUGGAGCCGUGUACCGCUUGUCGCUGGCAUGUGUCGUGCUUCUUCGGCCUUGCACGCCCAAGUCCCUGGGGGCCGUGCGCUUUGGGGAGGUCAGCGCCGAAGGGGAUCGACAAGGUUCUGCGGAGGCUGGAACACAACGCCAAGGAACGUGAAACUGGCGGCCUUGCCCGCGGCCAUGCCAGUUCGGAUAGGGAGUUAUGCAAGCAGCGGUACAUCAACGAGGUGAGACUGCAAGAGCAGACGCUGCUCAACGCAAAGCGGGAGAGGGAGCAGCGCUGGACGCAGAAGAUGGAGAAGAGCCCUUUCACAAUCGACCUCUGGGCGGAGGAGGAGGCGGCGAAGACCCAGGCCUGGCUCAUCGACAGGGCGGAGCAGAAGGCGAAGAGGGACGCGUCGCUGAGAGUCCGGGAGGCCAAGAACCUCAUCCAGAACAGGGCAAUCGCGGAGUCCAUAGAGGAGGUCGCGCAGGUGGCCGGGAGGAGGAAGGACAACUCCAGCGAGAAGGAACGAAACACCCUGCGGUCAAUCCAGAAAGCGCUCGCCAAAUGGCGGAAGCGGCCGAGGGGGCCAGGCAACGAGCGCUCCGCGAAGAUUAUGGCACAGAGGCG